AUGAUAGCGAGCAAGGGUCUUUCUCUCUUUAUUUUCGCUGCGUUCGUUACUGUAACAUCUGCUCAGCUUAUGUGUCAGUAUGGUAAAUCCAUACAACAUAAUAAUGGAACAAUAGUUUACUCCAGGGAAAACGGACCGGAUAAACCAAUUAUGUGUCCUGGAUCAUUCUGUAUGAGAAUUUAUCAAAAACACAACAACUACCAGCAGAACAGUUAUGGAUGUGCAAACGGAGCAUGCACCAGUGAUGGAUGUACUGAGAACAGCAAUGGAUUCGGUUCAUGUUGUUGCCAUGGAGACUACUGUAACUCCGGAGUUGAUGUUUUCAAAACUACACUAUCUUCGAUGAUACUUACUAUGGUAUACAUGUGCCUUUGA